GGAGAAUGAAAAGCUCUCAAAUUAUGGAGAUAUUAAGUCUGCCCGGACUAUAUUGUUUCUUGAACUUAAAAAACUGAUCGAGGCAAAUCCUCUUUUCCAUAAUAAGCUUCAAUUUCCUAGCUCGGAAAACUCAAGGCUGAGGAAGCUAAUCAAUCAGAGUAUAAACUGGGCACCAUAUGGUGCUCUUUCUCCUUCACCUGCCACUAACCCUUUACUGGGUGGUCAUGGUCCAAUGCCAGCACCUUCUACAGCAUCUUCUGCAGGAAGAAUGGCUAAUCCGUCUCCUGUGCCACACCAGGCAAUUUCUGCAGAGCCAAUAGGUCCAAUUCCUCCUUGUGCAG